AUGACUUACAACUACAUGAAUGAUCCCAUGACUCCUUCCAAGGAUCAGAUAUUCUUAGAUGGAGCACCGCCGGACAAUCUCGUGCCCUCCGGAUUUGUCGAGUCUCGUAUACGGCAACUCAAUAUCAGGUCAAGCAAAGAUCGACCCAAGAUUCAGAAUUCGCUGCAUGUCGCAAAUGUGCGCGAAGGCGAAGAGGUUUGCAGCCCUGCUUGCCAAGGCACACGGCUUGAAGUUACUGCUUCACCUCCAGUCGGACAUUCGUAUCCGGGCUUGAGAAUUAAUGACAAUCCCAGCGAUGACAUUGGAGUUGCUUGGGAAGCGUCAUCAAUAAGCGCUCAUAUGUACAAUGUCAAGCCAAGCUUGAGAGCAUCAAGAUCAACCAAUUCUAUAGGUUUACGGAGCCCAACUCGGGGCCCUAGCAGAUUCCGGGGCUCGCACAGGUCGAAUAAGUCUGCCUGCAACCGAGCCGACGAUUCAAAUUUGGACUAG